UUUCAAUGACGUCACGACGUUAUUUUUACCCGAUGAGCUCACGAGCGCUAGCUCACUCACUCACACUUCAACAACGGCUAACUGACUCGCUUUUACUAGCAUAACUAACCCAUCCGCUCAUCUCUAGAGGGGUUUCCACUCAUCUGGUCAUCUUUAUCUGUGGAUUUACCGUAAAAUGAGAAGGACUGAAACUUUCACGCAGGAGAUCUUCAUGAUGGAGCUCAGCGGUGUGGAGGUGCAUGAAAUCACGCAGCUGUCGCCCGUCUGUGGAGCCCCUGUGAUGGUGUAGAAGAAACUCCCAUCAGCCACUGCACCCCACACACAGGCUGUGUAUAAGUGCGUUUUUCCUCUGGAGUUUCCUCUGGCUUUUUCUCACACGUUUUUAGGCCGCCACCAUAGUGACAUCAUCCGCUGCUACAAUGGGGCCGUUGAUCUCCUGAGUGUAUCAUCACUGAGACACAGAACCUGUCAGUGCAGAGACGGACUGAGGGAUUGUGGGUAUGUGUGAGCACGCGGCGCGGCCCAUCGGGGGUGAGGGUUUGGUGGCUCUGCUGGAGGGCGGUCUGGACCGCGUGCUGUUGAUCGACAGCCGACCGUUCGUGGAGUAUAACACGUGUCACAUCCUGGAGGCCGUGAACGUCAACUGCUCCAAACUGAUGAAGAGGAGAUUACAGCAGGACAAGAUCCAGAUCAGUGAACUCCUGCAGCACUCGGCCAAGAGGAAGCUGGAGCUCCAGGGUCAAGAAGUCGUGGUGUAUGACCAGAGCUCGUCUGAUCCCGCCUCCCUUUCAUCAGAGGCCUUUCUCAGCGUCCUAUUGGCCAAGCUGGAGAAGAGUUUCCCUUCAGUCCACCUGCUCUCAGGUGGUUUUGUGGCGUUCUCGCAGCUGUUCCCGGGUCUGUGUGAAGGGAAGUCCUCGCUGGUGCCAUUCUGCAUCUCUCAGCCCUGUCUCCCUGUGAGCAGCGGGCCGACGCGGAUCCUGCCGCACCUGUACCUGGGCUGCCAGAGAGACGUGCUCAACCAGGAGCUCAUGCAGCAGAGUGACAUCGCUUACGUCCUCAACGCCAGCAACACAUGCCCCAAACCAGACUUCAUCCCCGACUCGCAUUUCCUGCGCGUGCCGGUCAACGACAGCUUCUGCGAGAAGAUCCUGCCCUGGCUGGACCGAUCCGUGGAGUUCAUAGAGAGAGCCAAGGCCAGUAACGCCAGAGUCCUGGUCCACUGUCUGGCGGGAAUCUCUCGCUCGGCCACCAUCGCCAUCGCCUACAUCAUGAAGAGGAUGGACAUGUCGUUAGAUGAAGCGUACAGGUUCGUGAAAGAGAAACGGCCGACCAUCUCGCCCAACUUCAACUUCUUAGGUCAGCUGCUGGACUUCGAGAAGAAGCUGAAGAGCGUGAGCGAUGCGCCGCUCAAACCCCGACCGCCGUCAGACGAGCAGAAGCCGGAGCCGCUGACGAUGCCCUGCGUUCUGUCCGACGUCCCCGAGGAGCAUCUUCUGGCCCGGGCGCUCUGCAGCCUUCAGCUCGGAGAGGAACCAGAGGAGAACGUCCGGCCCAAACGCUCCUUCUCCCUGGACAUCAAGUCCUACGGCGAGUCUGGAGCGUCUCUGCGAGCGUUUCCUGUCGGUGAGCCCUGCCAGUUCUCUCUGGUGCAGGAGGUUUCCGAGCAAAGUCCGGCUGAAGAUAAUAAUAAGACGCUCCAGCGCAGCGGCAGCAUGGAUGGAGCUCCAUCUAAAACGGCUCAAGCACUUAAAGGCUGGCACUCAGACAUCGUCCUGGGACCCGUAACCGGAGGCUGGUUCCUGUCCUCCGAGUCGGCUCACUUCUACGGCUGCGCUCCGGGUCUGGAGGCGGUGAGGAGACGCGGCCGGCAGCGCAGCGGAGACGGAGGAGACUCUCGCAGGAGCUGGCACGAGGAGAGCAGCUUCGAGAAGCAGCUGAAGCGCAGGAGCUGCCAGAUAUACGGCAUGACGGACAGCCGAUCCCGAGAGGAGAUGAACACGAGGAGCAGCCAGUCCAGCUUCUCCGGCAGCUUGGAGAUCAUCGAGGUCUCCUGAGGACUUCACACGCAGUCAUUCGUUUCUCUGCUUUGUUCUCAUUCAGAUCCGAGCUCCACACGGACACAUGCAUGAACGAGGAGAGUCUCUCUGAGCGCCUCACAGUUCAAAUCAAGGCAAGACACUACAGAUGAAUCGAGCAGACCCUGUUUAACCCCAUUAGUGUCCGCCCCCAUUCCAAAACAAUAAAAAUAACUAGUUAACUCUAAAAUACUUAAGUUAAGUUCAAACCAAAACUGAUUCAAACACCUUCAACAUUUCUCACAUUAUCGGUUUAUCCGCUAUAGCUUGGAAAAUGGUGAUAAAAUGACUCCACGCUAAACUGUCAAAAAUGAUAUCUGGAGUCUGAAUAAUUUAUGGUUUCAUUACAUUAAGAAUUACAAGUGUUAAAUAUAUGCAUUUAAAAAUGUGCAUAAUUAUUUAAUUUACAUGCAUAAUGUAAAUCACGCCCUUUCUUAUCAGAAAAUACUGUCAAGAGAACGAAAGCGGUUAUGUUUUCAGAAAAUAGAUGUGGAUAAAAACUGUAAAGUUUGAUGGAUGUAAGGGGAAAAAAACUCUUAAAAGAUAUGGAUUGCAAUUGGAAUAAAAAAAAAAUUUAAAUGCAAUAAAAUAAACACUUAAAUUUGUAGUUUGGAUGUUUUUUAAUCCACUAGUCUGAAAGAAGCAAAAUAGAUCUUAAAACUGAGCAGCGCCUGUAGUGUCUUGCCUUAAGAGCGUCUUUUGACAUGCAUUGAAUUAUGAUCUCAGGAAGCUGUGAAUCUGUUGGCGAUCUAGAAUCAAACACACACACAGAUCUGUGAUUUUCUCCAUCGUCAGGCUCAAGCGUGUGAUGGUGCUCGUUUCCAUCCGGAUUGAACAGACUCUGAUUCACUGAUGCUGCAUCCAAUACACUCCAGCAGCUUCUUCAGACCUGAUGAGACACAGACGAGAAACACUUCAUGAGUCUGAGCACUUUACAGCCAGAAACCCUCUCUCCUUCAAAAAACAAUCCAGAACCGUGUUGAUAUUCAUCGGUUUACCUUCUUAAAGACUCGCCAGAGGUCAUGAACUUGUUCCUCAGAUCACUGGUCAUCAGCAUUGAACCGUCUGUUCCAGGAUCAGCUGUUGAGCGCCAUAAAGAGUCCUUCAGACCGUCCUCUUCAUGCUGAAACCAUCUUCCUCUGAUCUGCGUUUGAUGACUUGGAACACAAGGACUGAAUCAGUUUCCCAAAGCUGUGAAAAUUGAGCUGAAGACUGAACGAGUCUCUGAAUCACGAGUCUC